GUCACAAAACAUUGUGCUUGACAAACGAUUGAACGCUAGAUUGAUCGACUUUGGCCUAUCGAGGGAGUCAAUGACAGGAAGUUUUAAAACAACUGCACCUAUCCAAGGAACAAUAUUAUAUCAACCAUUAGACGAUCGCAAACUUAGUCGUCAAUUGGAUUAUUAUGCUUUCGGUGUUGUUAUGCGGGAACUUCUAACCGGCCUUGAUUUUCAUUGGAAAGAUGACAAGCAAACACCGUUACCACAAUUGGAUAUAAGGACGUUAGGCGCUUUGUUAGAGAGACGAAUAUGGGUCGUAAGUGAUGUCUUGAUUGCUUUAGUUGAAAUAACUCGGCAAUGCAUUGAAAGUGUACACAAUCGAGAAAACAUGACAUCAACUUCAAUGCGCAAAUAUUUGAAGUCGAUACUAGACAAAAAUGCGUCAGAUCAAAAGUGGACCAACUUAGGUGACAACCAUUGCGAAAUAUGUGUUAUAAAUGACCAAUUGGAAGAACCAUUAAAAAGCGAAAUUUCUUCUCAUCGGCGUAUAUACGACAUAAAUCAUGAUAACUGCGCAAAAAAGAUCAAAAUAUGCUUUGCCUGUAUGCGGAAUUCGUACAUAAAUCCAGUCAGGUGUCAGGAGUGCGACAACGAGAUCAAAGCAAUCAUAGGUGAUGGAUGGGGCGCUAUCCUAAUUGUUGGGUAUUGUGGUAAAAAUCAAGCUCUGUUUCAAAAUGAUGUCAAGAAGUUUGCAGAAGCCAUUUCAUCGAAAGUACUACCGUCAAUGUGUGUUAGAUGUAUCGUGCGAGUGAGACUUAAACUCGCGAAAAUGAAUGCGAUCCAACACGACUAAAGUUUAAGUGUUAUCAUGUUU